CAAAACAAACCAAACAACGACCGCCUCCUGCGCAGCUCCUCUCUAUCCUUGAUGUCGUUGGAUCAUCAUCCGUCAGAUACCCCAGAAGAAUCUUGCCAUCUCUCACUCGCAGCUGCAAGAAACAUCUAGUCAUCGCUUCACAACGGCUGUCGAAAUGGGCGAGCUCGCCGACUACCUCGUCCAGCACGAUGCCAACUUCCGCAAAUCCCGCCUCCCCGCGCUCUACUCCGACUUCCGCUCCCAAAAGACGCUGAACCCGGAUGGCUACCAGGCCAACAUCUCGGCCUGGCUGCUCGCCCUCGCGCGCCUCGCCUCCGAGGGCCUCCUCGCCCGCCAGGGCUCUCAGCCCAGCGCGCUCGUCUUCGAUCUCGACGAAUCCCUCCGCAAGUCCCUCGCCAGCAAGCAAUUCGGCCAGCCGCUGGCCCUCGGCGCCGUCAUCAACGAGGCGCUGGCCCAAAAGGACCUGAUCCCGCUGCAGACCUUUCUGCACUCGAACCACAACAUAUAUCAGCACAGCUGGUCGCAGAUCCCGUGGGAUGUGAUGGGCUGGACGCUGCGGCAGUUGGGCGUGGUUGAUCCGGCAAGGGGAGAGGACAGGAUACCCAAGGGCAACUAUGUCGUCAUGAAGAAUGUCGAGGCGGCGAGUCGCGAGCUGGGGGAGGUUAUUGGUGAUACCGCGCCGAGAUAUGAUCGGGUCUUUACGAGAGGCCAGUUUCAGGCACUGUUCGCAGCGGUGCUGGGCCAGGACCAGCGGCUGUCCGAUACAGAUACCGACGUGUUGCUCAAAUUCUUGUCUCGAGACAAAGACAUGAUUGAGUACGACGGCCAGACCGUGCGCAUCCGAGCGAGCGGCGAAGCAAGAGGAAUCACGCAAGAGGAUUCGUCAAUGGCGUCUAUAAAGGAGCUGAUGGGCAGCUUGGAGCAUCAAAUCGAUCUGCUUAACAAGAGAAUCGACGAGCAGGACCAAGAAGCCAGAAACGCCGUCCUGCGCAAGAACCGCGUCGCCGCCCUAGCCGCCCUCAAGGCGAAGAAACGAGCCGAAUCAUACCUGACCGCGCGCUACGCAACGCUCAACCAGCUGGAAACAGUAGCCACGAAACUGCAGCAGGCCUCUGACCAAGUCCAGCUCGUCAAGGUCAUGGAGUCGUCCGCCAGCGCGCUCGAGAACCUCAAUGCCCAGCUCGGCGGCGUGGACAAGGUCGAAAGCACAAUGGACCGUCUCAGGGAGGAGAUGAGUGCCACAGACGAGCUGUCGGCCAUCUUGGCUGAGCCCACGGGCAUGGUCGUGGACGAGGAGGAGAUUGAUGAGGAGCUGGAGGCGCUGGAAAAGGAGCAGAAGAAGGAGGAGGAGGAGAAGCAGCGCGCCAGAGAAGAGAAGCAGCGCAGCAGAGAAGAAGAGCAGGGAGCUGUCAAGGCUAUGAAGGCGCUGAACGAGCUUCCGGCUGUUCCCACGGGAGACGAGCCCGAGCGCGUAGGAUCGCCGACGAAGGAGACGGGAAUUGCGAAUCUGACGCUCGAUGGUUGAAGAGACUGGGAAUGGUGGGGUGCUUGAACAGCAGGCGAGAUUCGGGAGGUGAACAUGAGCUGGCGAUGUCAUC